AUGCUGCUGGGCCAGGCGUUCCUGCCCCUAUUGAAGAAGGCUGCCCAGGGGAGCCCGGGCUCAACGCUGAGCUGCAGCAAGGCGGCCAUCAUCAACAUGUCCAGCUCUGCAGGGUCUAUUGAGGAACUCUAUUUAUGGAAUUAUGGACAAGUUGUCUCGUACCGCUGCAGUAAGGCUGCUCUCAACAUGCUGACCAAGUGCCAGUCCCUGGGCUACCGGGAGCACGGUGUCCUCUGCGCCGCUCUCCACCCUGGCUGGGUGCAAACCGACAUGGGGGGCUCAGGAUCACGAGUGCCUCCCCUGACAGUGGACGCCAGCGUGAGAGGGAUGCUGAAGGUGCUCUCCUCCCUCUCUGAGAAGGAGACUGGGACCUUCUUGAACUGGGAAGGGAAGGUCGUGCCCUGGUAA